UAGAUUAAGCACCCUCUUGGUAUAAAAGCAACCUUAUGGGAUGGAGAAAUCUGUAGUUCUGCUGAAAGACGAACUAAAGAACAAGAAGAAGCGACACAGCAGGUAUAAGAAAGAAAUAAGCCCACCAUGAAAAUCAUUAUAGUGAGCCUCGCUCUCCUCUUUUUUACUGGGUCUCAGGCUCGGUAUCUCUGGCAAAAUGAUGCUCCUCCCCCAUCAAAUCCAGCAGAGGUGAUAUUGGCAGGCAUAUAUGAUUAUAUAGAGGCUGAUAAGCAGAAUAGCAAGAAGUUACUUGAACACAUAGAACGUUCAGAAAUUGGUCAACAAUAUGGCCUGAAAUUUUCAGAAACCUUUGAUGAACUAGAUGCCAAAGCUCAAGAAGUGAAGAAGGCACUUGCAGAAUUCUUGGCUGACUGGCGUAUGCGGCUGAGGAAGGUAGGGGAACCAAUGUUGCAGCAAGCCAGGGUUGACUUAGAAAGUGCCUAUGAUAAGUUUAUGCCCAUUAUGGAAGAACUAAGAGUAAAGAUUUCUAGUCAUUUCGAUACGAACAAAGAAAAGCUGAUAGCCCUCGCUGAAGAGAUGAGAGCCAGUACACAGAAGACUUCAACAGACUUCAGAGAAAAGGUGACACCACUUGGUCAAGAAUUAGUCCAAAAAAUACGUGCACUUGCUGAAAGUUUGAAGCCAUUAGGACAAAAGAUACAUGAGAGGUAUGGCCCAAUAAGAGAAAGAGUGCAUGAAAGAGUGAGCCAGGGUUUGGACACAGCAAAAGAGAGGCUGUCUUCCACAGCAGAGGGUGCAGUAGCGAAGCUGGGCCCAUUCCUACACUAUUUUAGGGUCAGAAUUGCAGACAUACUAGAAAGUAUAAGCCAGAGCAUAAGUGAGAAAUCUGCUAGCUAACUUUUCUUAACCAGAGGAACAAAGAAUUUUUCAUCAUAAACAUAAGACUCGUUUAUUGUCUUUGUCUACCCCAGAUUUUCCUUUAUAAUGUGGAUUAGUGGGCCUAGGUUAUCAAUGACGUAACUACUGCUCGUUUUUCUUUCCUAAGUGUAUGGCCUUAUGCUUUCCUGUGUGUCAGGCGUUAUUGUUAUUUCUCUAUGGCUGUUAAUUUCUACUGCUAAAUUAUUCAAUAAAAAACACAUUACACAUUAA